GCAUUUUUGAGGUCUUAUUAUAUAUUAUUAUUUAGAAAGGACCCAAACAAUAUGCGAAUUCCUAGCUUGUUAGUUGCCGUUCUGGCCGUGGCAAGCAGUACACUGGUACAAGCACAUCAGCAUGAAGGCGAAGUUGAGGCUGACGCUGAAGCUGACAUACUAGUACCGCUUAACCUUACAAAUACCCUCUCUGACGAAAGUGACGAACUGGUCGAGUACAAGCUGACAUUCUACACAGGAAAUGGGCCGGAAGAUGGCACUAAAGGACCUGUGCGGGUGAUGAUUCAGGGAGAGCAGGUGACCUUCGCCGAACACGAUGACGACACUUUACCCCACCAGACUAUCGAGGGUGAAUUCUUACCAGGUACUUCAAAAACGGUUAUCUUCAAAUCUCUUCCAUUGCCAGAGCAUGCUGCCUGGAUUGAUAUCUGGAAUGAUAACAAAGAUGGUGACGACUGGUACUUAUUGGCCGGUGUUAAACUAGAGUACAAAGGUAUCUCGCGUGUAUUUAGGUACGAAGGACCUGUGCACGCGUGGAAGGCUAUGAAGCGAGCGAGCGCUGUUGGCGGCAAUAUUGUCCCUCAUAUCCUCACUAUCACUACUGGUGAUGCAAUAGAUGCUGAAUUAGAAGGAGGAGAUCUAUAUGGUAAGCUGUUGUCAGAUGGGAGUUAUGAGAGUUCUACACAGAUGAUAUCUCAUGGAGUACCCUUACAACGCAAUCAGACCAUUAAGACAUACAUGAUGGCGCCGGAAGAUGCGACCGAUGCGCUCAAUAUCUGGUUUAACGGUAGUAAUACGGAUAUGUGGCUUCUGCAAACUGUGACGGUUCAGCAAGAACCCACCACAGAAGUUCCUGAGCCACCCAUCACUACUAUCGAUUUUAAGUGGUGGUUGCAAAAUAAGAUCCCCAUACUCAUGCAUAGAGACUUCGAUGAUGAUGCUCUUAGUCUGCAACCCAACGAAGAGGAGGGGGUCGAGGGCCGCCUGCGUCUGCCGGACCUCCAAAUCGAAUCAGACAAUAUGCUGCGCAAUUUGGUAUUGUCGGCGGGGCAUAUCUGGAACGAUCACAGAUGCGCCGCUGAGGAAGGUUGCUUUCUCCCCAUGGGUUCGAAAGUAAAUGGUGUGAUCAUGGGAUCCUGGCGCCGCUUCCUGCGCUUCUCUGCCACAUACUGGAAUUAUGGCGAUGCUGAUUUCUUCCCGAACCCUGAUGACAAUCCCGAAUGGCACGAAUGUCACAACCAUUACCACGCUCUGGUCGACUUCGCCAAAUAUACCAUCACUAAAGCUGGUAGCGCUGGAAACCAAGUAGAGCUCGCAUCGGCAAAGCAAUCACAUUGUGCUGUAGACAGCAUCUGUGAAGAUAGCGAUGAUUACAACUACAAAUGUGCAAAUCAAGGUAUCACCAAAAACUGUGCAGAUCAGUACGGUGAAUGGACUGAUUGCCAAUGGAUUGAUAUUACGCCCCUCAAAUCGGGCUGGUACGUUCUGAACGCUUAUGUAAACAUGAACCGACGCGUGAGGGAGUCGGAUUACUCGAACAACGGCGCCCAUGUCCUUUUCCGCUUUAACGCGGACGGUGGAAUUGACGACAGAGGAGAGAUUGACCGAGCAUGCGUGCUGGAGGAUUGGGAAUGGACUGAGUGUCCCGGUGGUGAAGAUGCCAGUUACGACAGAAGUAACCGGUGCGACAGUAGUUCGAGCUGCUUGCAGACAGGUCACCUGGGAUCUAAAUCGCGAUGGGCCGACUAAUACGUGUAUGCGAUCGACUGAUAUACCCUUCUACUGUAGUGAUUGGAGGUUGAAUGUUUGAUGGUACUGGUGCUGGUACUGGUAGAUGUACACCACACAGAAUGUAAUAAAAGACUCAAAACUAUAUGAGGA